AACUUAGAGCUGCUAGCUGGAGCAGGCUUGGGAUUUAGACAACUCUCAGUAGAUGAGUCUGUUAAAGGGUCUUUUCUGUUUUUGUUUUUCGUCUUACUUCUGAUCCAUGAGAGGAAAGCAGGAUCUCUCCUGUGCACGUGAAAGGAUCCCCAGAGGACUUUUCCUCUCGAAAAGCAAUGCCCUGGUUGUCCUCGGCGGUAUGUGGUUCAGCGUGCACGUACACGGCACUGUUCAUAUUACAGUUCAAAGCGAGGGAGCAAGGCCCAUGGGAGAGAAUUGAGACCAACAAACUGCAGUUGAUAAGUCAAGGUGGGAAAUACUCAGCCCAGAAACUACAGUGAUGGGUCCUGCUGGAAAGAGCUUUCUGAUGGCACAGCUGUGACUGACACCAAAACAUUAUGUUCAGUGUUGAGGACCUCCUGAUUUCUCACGGAUACAAAUUGUCAAAAAAUCCUCCUGUUUCAUAUGAGAACAGAUGUGAUGGAUACCGGCAUGAAACUGCAGGGAAUAGGUCUGGUCAGAGAAUGCUGAAUGGGUUUGAGUCAGAAUCAAGAACCAGUGCUUACAGCAAGAAACCUUUGGCAAAAAGCAACUCGAGCAGCACUGAAAGCAGCCAUGGGAGCCGAGGGAGGCAAGCAGGUCCUGGUUACCACCAUGACCUUCCGGGUUUGUCCACUUUUCAUACUUCAGAAGGGGGGAUUGAUGACAGGCCUCAAUUAACAUGGUCUUCCCAGCCCAAGACAGAUAAAGAUCUUGCCUACUGGAGAAGAAGAGGACAAGACUUUAGUGUGUUACUGGGCUACUCACACAAAGGAGGCUCUGAAAUGAAAGGACCGUCCCCAGCCCACGGGGCACACAGGCAUGCUAAAGAAAGUCAGCUUAAGGUAGGAGCAGGCCCAGAGUAUGCAAGAAGUGGUUUGCAGGAGAGCUGUAAAGUGCCUGGGGACUGCAAAUGGCAAAAUUUAAGAAUGGAAAGCUGGAACCAACCAAAAAAAAUAGGAAGGCAGAUGUCAGAUGGUGACAGGGAGAAACUGCUUCAAGAUCUGUACUCAUUGACCCUGGGAGACAAUGUACUGAGCACCCAUAACAAAGGGAAAUCACAGUCAUUGCCAAGAGUUCUUUCACCAGAGAGCUUGAGGUGUGUAGAAAUGCCCUCCCUGACAAACAGUAACAGCACUCUCAGUGGAACUCAAACACCUUCUUAUCCCCCAAAUAGACUAACUUUGGAAUCAACCAAACACCAAGAAACAGGAGGCCAAUUCCUGCCACUGGCAAAACCCAAGUAUGGAAGACCUCUGAAACCUCCGUCCUAUGAACUGCAGCAGCAAACCAGGACACCUGCAGAAACCAGUGCUUUUCAGGACCACUAUCGAAAAGAUGAACCUAUUUCCUAUUUAGACAAAGUUAAUGAGCCAAGGCAAGAUGGUUGCAUUCAAGACUCUGGUUUGGAGCCCCCUGUCUAUGUACCUCCUCCAUCUUACAAAUCUCCACCUCACCAAAGUGUGACUCCACAUUCGCUCAAUGAAGUGCCUAACAGUGAUGCAUAUGUUAACAGUGAUCAGCAGAAUACUGCCGAAAGGGCUGUCACCUGCCAACGACCAACCACAAAUUCUUUCGAAACAGUAGGUGAACCUUGCAAAGACAACCAUCUUUCUCAUGGAAAGCAAAGCCGUGCUAGGCACCCUGCUGACUACCUGCGUUCUGUUCAGUAUAUUCCCUUUGACGAUCCUCGAAUACGACAUAUUAAAAUUGCACCACCAGAAAGUCUCCAGGACAACAUUAAAUACACUGAAAAUGCAUGUAGUUCCAGUUCCGGUACUUUGCAAGAUAGAGAUCUUGAAGUACAGUAUAACAGUGCCUUUUUGGAUGCAUCAGACUUAUCUAAUUCUGUAAAGGGAGAAAGAACUUCCGACAGCUCCACCCACAGUAACAGAUGGUUGGCACCAUCCAUCCAAGAUCAGGAAAAUUGUGCCUUGUCUGACCAAAAAGACAGUUGUAGCACAACUAACCACAGUCCCCGUAACGAAGCCAGUACAGAGUACACACAAGGCAAACUUUCUGUAAGAAAUUCACAUAUGGACAGCACCUGUGAGACUGUUACAAAAGUGAAAAAGUUUGAACCUGGAAUUGGGAUGCAGAGCAAAAAGAGUUCAAAGAAAAAAAUGAAUGAAACUAUAUUUUGUUUGGUCUCCAUCCCAGUUAAAUCAGAAUCAAAUCUGCCAGAUACAGAUAGGAACAACAACAUAACCCAGAGCCCUGAUAAGAAUGGGUUUGAUAACAAUGGGGCUUUGCAAGAACAAAGUCUCUUAAGUAUGUCUUCAACGGACUUAGAGUUACAAGCGCUUACAGGAAACAUGACCAAUAAAAAUGAGUUACAAAAACAAGAGCUGUGGAGACCAGAAGAGUUCAAACAAAUGAAUGACCUCAGAUUUAUUCAGCCUACAAAACACAGAGAGCUCAAAUACUCUGGCUCCUGGCCAGGUGAUCAGUACAAAGACCAGCAGACGCAGACCAGUUUCACUGAAGAACCUAAAAGCCCACAAUUUUUCCAUGGUACAAAGCCUGGGAAACCCAGUAGUAAUAAAUUGCUAAUUCCAAAGCUCAUGGGAUGCACAGCAUCCACAAUAGGGUCAAAGCAGACAGGGUUACCUUCUGACGGGAGAAACAGUACACAGAGUGCUUACAGCAUGAAAGGUCAGACGUACCUCAGUCAAUCUAGCAACAGUGCAUUUUCAAGGACUGCCGUCUCUGUCCUUCAGGCCCCUUUGCCAAAGGCACAUCAGAGCCAGCCUUCUGGGUCCAGCGGAAAUGUGCCUGCCCGGGCAAGGGAAACUGGCCUGGUUUCCAAGGGUGAUGUAGUUAAAGGAGAAGCAAGCACUCCAUGUAACAGUAAAGAGCUGUUUGGCCAGUUCCUUUUGAAACCUGUAAGUCGCCGCCCCUGGGAUGCAAUAAGUGAGCUAGAAAGUUUUAACAAGGAACUGCAAGGACAGAAAGAGAGCACUAGUAGUGAGGAAGACUCAGAAGGUGCUGCAGCUUCUCCACAAGAGUGUGGCCUUACAAAGAGAAGGGUGUCCAGAAAUGAGAAGUCAAACCAGGAACUAAGACAGGGUGGGAAACUGGAAACCAUUGUGCCAGACAUUCCUGUGUUUAAGUCAGGAAGAAUUAAAAGUAAGUCUGAAAGUUGGAGUAUGGGGACAGAGUACGGUGAUCAGCAGAGCUGUGUUGGAUCACAAAGUUCUUUGCAGCCAAGAGAGAGCAGUGAAGUAGUCAGGCCAGCAGAUGGAAGUCUGAUAACAGAAAUGAGAGAAGAGGAAGCCAAGAGCAGAACAAACAAACGGCUAGUUAGUGCAGGCCCUAUCAAGAGAGUUUUGUCUAGUAGCCCAAGCAAUUCAUGUCACAGUAAUCCUUUCAAUAAUGCUGACUUAAAGGAGAUGAAUGAAUAUCAAAAUUACCUAGACUUUGUUAAACCGAACAAAGGCAUAACUCCCAGAAACGAUACAGUAUUAGAGAGAGGCACAAUAGUACGCUUGUCGUUAACAAAAAGGAGCCAAGGGCACUCUGAGCCAGAUUUGAGAUCGGUGGGCCUUGAUACAGCCUCAGAACCUAGUGUUAACAAUUCUGAUCAUUCUUCAAAUGUAAAUGCAGUGGAAAUCCCUCCGAAUGAGUCAUUGCAGGCAAGAGCUGCAAGGAUUUUAGGCAUAGAGAUAGCAGUGGAAUCUCUCCUUCCUGAUGAUAGAGUUGGGCUUCACUCAGGCACUAGUCCUGCUAAUGGUGCCCAGGCCUUUGAAUCAUCAGUGGACAGUACAGUAAGUGGCAAAGAAGGAAAAAAAGAUGAUUCUUAUGAAGGAAGACGAAAGUGUGGCUGGACAGAGAGUGCACUCUUUGUUGGAGAGGGAGGCCAAUCUUUAUACCCUGAUGAAUGCCAAACCACUGACCAAGAAGCCAGCACUAAAACUAAGAUAACCAAGCAAGCUUUUGAACAACCUGCAGGUCCCUGCCAAGGUGAGGACCAAAACUUGUCUUGCAAGUCAGCUGUGUAUCAGCAUUCAGAAAAGAGAGUGAGAAGCACCUCAAAAGUGAUAGAGACACUCCAAGGCAAACUCACUUCUCCAUCUAGCCGGACUGCCAUGGAUCGCUUAGUGCGAAUGAAGGAAGUUGACUCUGUGUCGCGGAUGAGACGUCUGAGCAUUAAGAGUGCAGACUCCGGAGAGGAUGUUGAUGAGGAGAAGCUGUCAAGGGUACAAGAGGAGAAGGGAAGCAAAUCAGCAAACUCAGGGGGUGUUUCCAAGCGUGUGAUCUCUCUCAGUGAAAAUGGAUAUUUAGGUAGAAUGGAUAAGAAGACUGACAGAGAUUUUUGUUUAGAUACGUAUGACCCCACCAAAGUUGAAAAGGUGUGAUAUAAAUGGAGAUGAGAACAGAGAGAUUUCUGCUCUACUAAGAAUGUUUCACCAAUUUUUGCUGGGUGCUUUUUGUUUGUUUUUGUAUUUUGAUGAUUGGAUAUUGCCUCCAUUUGUGGUGUUCAUGGUGUACUAAUGAUGCCUUUACCCAUGCCACUAGGAAUUAGCUAUUCAUAUAUAAAACUGUUGCAGAGACCACAGAAAAAUCUGACUUCCACAUUGAAACCAUCAGGCUUUGUAGCAUUUAAGAUGUAAUGCCUACAGUGAGCAAAGAGAUUUUGUCUGAACUGUGAUUCAGUCUUCAGCGAGGAUGGUAAAAUGCAUGAAACAAGGCUUUUGAGCUUUCUCUUUGGUGUAAAUGUAAAUGUGGGAGAUUAGUGAAAUGAAUUUUAAAAGAAUGUGAAUAUAUAAGCUAAACUUCUUAGUCUCUGAAGUCUAAACUUUGUUUAACUUAAGAGAUUUUUGGCUAAGUAGAAAGUGCUGCUGCACUGAAUGGGGGAGAGAGUGCGAGACAAUGGUAGUGAGGAUUGAUUGUGAAAUUAUUUCUGACUUCCAGAGUUUGAAAUUACUUGGAUUAAAUACUUAUUUGCCACCUAGAGAGAAGAAAAGCUAAAACCCCCAAGCUUCUAAAAGAUGAAGACUUUUGUAGGACUGUGUACAGAAUAUGUAAUUACAGUAGCUGGCAACUAGUGUUUCAAACCAAUGCAAAGUAUACCACUGGCUGUUUUGCACUCAGUAUUACCUAUUUUUGUUUUGCUGUUUAGAAAUUCUUUAUAUGACAGAAUAGUAGCUGGUUUAAAAUAGCCCAUUUUAACAAAGUAACUAUAUUUCUUGUUACAGAAUACUAUCUAUUUUUCUACGAUGUAAACAAUUGCUAACAAGUGGCAAGUAUAAAGAAGUAUUAUUAUUAUUAUUAUUAUUAUUAUAUUUUAAGAAGACUUAUCCCUCUGAGUGAAAGUGACCCAAGCAAAUUCCACUUCUGUAUCUUAAUACACACUCCAUACUGCCACAUGUUCAGUAGUGCUAUCUUAUUUUGUUGUGAAAAGAGCCAUCUGUAUAUGUGUGUGUGUACUACAGGGUUAAUUUCUAUUUUUUCCCUGCUCAACCCUUGGAUCGCCUUCCUGGAGCAACUUUCUGAAAGACAGCUGAGAACCGUCUGAGUUGGUGUUCCUGCCAUAACAUUCCAAUGACUGUAAUUACCAAAAAGUGCGUAUGGAUUUUUGUGUCGGUGUCUCUGAACAGCUCAGAUAAAAUACCUGGUUUCUUUCUUUUACUUUGUUUCUUUUUACAUAUUGUGGUUUUGGAUUAGGCCAGUAUAUAUAAACAAAUAAAGCUGGGUUAAAUUCUUCCCUGAAGCCAGCUGAUGUUGCUGGGGAGGAGUUUCCACGUCUUCUCUGAGGUAUUUAAAUACAUGGCUUUAAAUAUAUAUUAUCUGCACACACAAAUGCAUGAAUUACGGAUUUUAUUGUAAAGCCCAUGCAUUCUGCUUUUUGAUAUUGAAUUAGCCUCCAUAGUAUCUGUAUCUUUAAAGCCUUCAUGUCCACUCCUGUGUGGGUUUUUUUUAAGUGUUUCUGUUUGCUAACAUUCUUCUGAUGACUUGUUCAUGUACUUCACUGGUCUCUUCUACUGGCCUUUUUUGUUUUUGUAGCAUAAUUUUAUUUUUAAAAAUCUUUUAAAUUACUGAAAUACUGUUUUUUUUCCCUAUGUCUGUAAUUCGGAAAAACAAGGGGAAAAACACUUAUCCUGUGCUUUGGCAGCAAGAAUUGCUUGUCUGUAACACAUGAUUCUGUUAAAUAUGGACUAUUUAAAGCUUGUUUAAAAAGAAAAUGUCGUGCAUAAUUGGUUUUAUUAACUCUUGUGUGUGCUCCCUAGCAAUACUUUUGCCAAAAUGUUCCCAUCAGUCUUACUUUACCCACCUUUCUUUUAAAAGCCAUCUUUCUCACUAAUAUCUGUGUAGGACAUCUAGGGGUAGUAAAUGCCUACAAAAUAUGUUUUCCCCAUAGAUCUCUCCACAAAGACCCACUUGGUAAAAUGAAUCACUUGCAUUCUCAUCAUCCCACUUACUAGUAAAACUGAGAUGCCUGGCAAAUUUACCUUUAAUUUCUGGAGAACUUUAAAUAGUCAUGUAUCACCAGUACUACUACUCCAGUUCAUUUCUCUGAGAAACAACAGGUUUUCAUGCAUCUUUUUUUCUAAUGAGGAGAGGCUUAAUUGAUUUUGAAAUCAGUCAUGUCAGGUGAUUACUUUUCCAAUGCAUGCAAAGAGCCAGUAUCUUUAAAAAAAAAGAAAUAAGCAAAAUUAUUGAAGGGGAGGUUUUAUUGCCUAAGAGUGAGAAAUUAAAAUCUAGAAAGUCAGUUAGGAAGGCUUACUGUGCAGUAGUUUGUGACUGACCAAUAGAUGAAAGACUAGAGGUAGUACUGCUAUAAAAAUGUCUUUGUAUUUGUCUAGCAAAAGUAGUUAUUUCUUUUCCUACUAUGAUACAUACAUCUCAGAAAUACAUAAAAUACAUUUUUAUGAAUUGUGGCUCAGUGUCUCUACAGUACCUGUGUCAUAAAGAAGACGUCAGGUAUCUCACUGGGCUGGUGAAUACCAUAGGUGGACACCUUUCCAGAAACCUUUUGCUGGUAGCAAAUACCAGUCAACAGAAAGUUACCCUUACACUAAAUGUAAUUAAAAACCCAAUACCCUAAAUGGUGACUUCAGUGUCUGUCUCAGUGGGUACAUAAAACUAUCAUGGCAAUAGCUGUCACUGGUAAUGAUAAUCUCAGAGGCUCAGGAGUGAGGAGGUGUGGAGGAAGAGGAUGUGGCAGUCUCUUUCCUGUGUCUCCUCCAGUGCAGGAAUAUGACUGCAGAACAGCAGUGGAUAACUGCACAUUUAUCUUUAUUCUCAAGAAAAAGAGCUGGUUCCUCAAAAAUCACAUUAUUAUCAGAUUUUGUAUAGCUAGUUUGCCAUACUGCUGUAACUAGGGGAGUUUGUGUUGAGUAACAAGAUAUCAAAGUGGUUAUUUGGACAGAUGUUACUUUCACAAGCAUUCCCAGAAAUUCCCAUGCAAAGAAUCAGUGCCUGGUUUAUACAUUUUAAAAAGCGUUUAAACAAGGAGACUCCUGUGGAGCUGGGUAGCUAAAUAAGAUCUGCCAUCUCGUUCUGUGUACUCUGCUGAAAUCCAGAAUAGAUAGCGCAAGAGGUUAGUGGAAGUAACAGCACUUAUGUCAGUGCUAAGGUAUCAGCUCUGCUGCCAGGACAAUCAAAAAUGAAUCCAAAGUGUCAGGCCCUUGUCUUCUGUUGAGCUUCAGGGGCUACUGAGCCUUACUCACCCAUGUUAACAAAGAAAGACAAGUCACUUUGGAGUCCCAGUGGAGAAGUGUGAAGCAAGAAGACUCUCAGGGAUUCCCUGAGGAGAAUGUCAUUUUUGGAAGGUAAAAGUGCUCCCUCGUGUGGUUCCCCUGAGUAUAAAUUGGAGGUUGUUUCCAUGAAGAGUCACUAUCUACUUGAUCUCACUACAACUCUUGCUGGAGUGAUUUUGAAUUGGGUAGGAGAAAGUGGUUUGAGCAGAGCUCUUGGGUAUGGCUUUCAAAUCCCACUGGAUUCAUGGCUAAUCCAUGGCAUGGAUUGGGAAAAGCAAAGGAGGGAUGACCAAUGACUAAAGAUCAUUGGUAAUUGAAAUGCCCAGGGAUACACUUGUAAUCAGUUAAUUUUUUUUAAAAAAGCCUUCCUAGACUUAUGAAAUACUGAACUAUUUCAUACAACGGAUUUUACCAGCAAGUUAGUCUUUACUGCAGACAACGGUGUCCUGUACUGAAACCAUCAGGAUUCCUUAACUCAGCUCUUGACAGGACAUGGAAUAAUGCAAGAACGUUAGGCGUAAAUAAUCAAUAUACUUAAACAUCUAAUAAGUCUUGGAAAAAAACAUGAGAGAUUGUUUACAGUACAUGUUUGAAGUGUUCAAUGAAUAAAACUAAUAUGUCAAGGGUGCACCCCUUGAAAAUAACCACUCCCACUAGGCUUAUUUAUAUAUAAAUAUUUGAAUUUAGUAGAAUGUUCCUGUUAUCUAAUACUAUAAAUCAAUAUUAGUAUCUAUGGUCAAUGUUCUAUUGCCUUUGGCACAUGGACAGCCAACUGAAUGUUGUUUUCAUAGUACUGGAACUCCCUUUUGGGUUAAAACAUUGACAUUUUCAUCUCUGCCUCUUUUCAUGGGAAAAAUUAGUGGGAUAAAAGUAAAAGUGAAAUGUUCUUGUAUUUCAAAUGGCAGUUCUUGCACUGUUGCUCAGGUUCAAGAUCUAACUGAAACAAGUAUAUCUGAGAACUGAGUAUUUCCCUAAUAGAAGCCAUUCACUUAAAUAGGUGAAACAAAACUAUAAGGUAACCUAUGCUAAAUUGAAUGGAAAGGAUUGGUAGCUUGUCGGCCUUUUGAAUGUUUUCUGUAAAGCACUCCUCCUGCAGGGCAUUGGUAUUUUCUAGGUUAAGGAUCAAAUACUCCUCUAUUUUCAUACCAGUGGCAAUAAUGGCAUGAUGUUGCAGUCCUGAUCUACUGGUGUAAGCUUCACUUAUAUGAGUAGUGCACUAAAUGUACUGGGACUAUACAGACAAGUAACAGUUUAAAGGAUCAAGCUGGAGAUUUCAUGAGAUGAUGACUAUAUAUCAUUGAAACUAUUAGAAAAGUUGGGCAAUUUUUAUUUAAUUCUCUUGUUCCAACUAGUGCAGAAAUGUUCAGUGAACUGGGAACUUUCCGGGAACUAAAGGAAAGCUGUUUAUCAUCAGCUCUAUUUUUUAAAGAAAAAAAAAUGUUUCAAACAAAGAAAAGGGAAUCCUGAUACCAAUAGCAAAACCCUAAACCACAAUGCUAUCUCCCACCCAUGCUGAGAAAUAUGUUUACAAUAUGGCUUGCAAAGCUGCACAGCAGGGAGAGAGUGAAGGGUACUUAAGUCAGAAUUGACCAACGCAUGGCUGAGUUUAGAAAUAAAAAUGGAAUUUUCCCAGCCAAGAGAAACCGUAGUAGCAUACAGACUAUAAAGUAAAGGAGGAACUUUCUACUCUCAACAGCAGCAAUCAUAGCCUUUUUUUUAGCUCUGGACUGGCAGAGAAAAUAAUUAGAACCAUUCCAAAAGCUAUUCCUAAGCUGGGAGGAAAACAAGGAGAUGUAAGUGCUAGACAGUAUGUAUCAGUGUUCUUGUUUCUUUGUCCUUAUACAAUGCACGUAAUUCUCCACACUGACUUUCAAGAUACUAUGGCCUAUCCUCAAAGCCAAUACUAGCUCAUUGACCUGGAUUUUUACUUUAGGUAGCCCAAGGGCAGAGAUAGAGGAAAGAGGGAGGAAACAGGGGUAAGCAGUUGCAGUAGUAUUUAUAUGAUGUCACAGGAUGAAUGUGUUUUAAGAAUUUCUUUGUAUUUUUUCUGCACAAUACAAAUAAUGUAUUUCUGUGCUUACAUGUAAACUGGAGGGAGGCUGGUAUCCAACAAGGAGAUAUUCUCCAAAUAAAGAUUUUGCAUGGA